GACCAAAGCCCCAUGGCCGGGCCCAUCCAAGAGUACACCAGAUUUCUCCCGACUCCCAAAAUCCAAUUGGCUAAUUUAAAGCCUUAAAUUCCAAGUAACAAAACGACGCCAUAUUAAAAACUGUCGUCAACCGUUAGAAAAAAUCCACCUGCAACAAAAAAUAUCUGCCGACCCUUCCUCUCCGAAACUUCUCCGGACGAACAUGAACAGUAUCAUUCCUCCACCGCCUUUCUCAAGAUAUUUAUCAAACACCUUGUCUGCACUACAUGCCUAUAUAUACAUGGCUCAAUUCUACUAUCACUCCUCAGUCAUCACCCACCAUUUUCAUCGUCGUCUUCUUCAUUUCAACCGAUGGAUCAUCGUCCCUAUAAACGCUCACUUUCAUCUCCUUCGUAUCUUCGCCCACAUGGGUCUCAUCCGUUACGAUUCGAAAAUGCUGUCGUAGAGAUUGAAGAAGGGGAUGUUCAUCAUCUCCCCCAACCUCUCGAUUGUUUAAUCGGGACACCAAUUCCGCCUUUUUUGUCAAAGACCUAUGAUUUGGUGGAUGACCCGAGAUUAAACCAGAUCAUCUCAUGGAGCGAUAAUGGUGCAAGCUUCAUUGUGUGGGACCCAGUGGAGUUCGCAAGGGUAAUCUUGCCAAGAAAUUUCAAGCACAACAAUCUUUCAAGCUUUGUGAGACAACUUAACACAUAUGGUUUUCGCAAGAUUGAUACAGACAGGUGGGAAUUCGCGUGUGAAAGCUUCUUAAAAGGAAAAAGGCAUCUCUUGAAGAACAUCAAGAGGCGCAAAUCACAACAGACUGAAGAAUGGAAUUCGAAUUCCAAUUCCAUUGAAAACGAGGUGGAAAGAUUACAGAAAGAGAAGAUGGAAAUGAUGCAAGAGGUAAUCAACCUACAACAACAGCAACGUGGGACACAUGAAUAUAUGGAAUCAGUGAAUGAAAAGCUUCAAGCUGCUGAAAACAGACAAAAGCUUAUGAUUUCAUCUUUGGCUAAAGCUUUCAAGAUUCCAACACUGUUAAGGAAUCACAUUUCUUCUCAAAGAAGGGUUCGUAAGUUUGUGAAGCAUCAAUCCCAUGAUCAGGAUCUUGGAUUUGAUCCAAUUCCGGUUGAUGACAAUGUUCGGAAUCCCGAUUCCGAUUCCGGUUUAAAAAGUAUUGAUUUACAUGAACUCGGUCAACCCAAAGAUUUGACUAGAGAGAGCAAUGUUGUUCUUGAUGUUAAACAGGAAGAUAUUUGGAGCUUGGAUUUUGAAACGAUUGCUGGAAUUACUCAUUCCAAUGACUGGAAUGAUGUUGGAAUUCCUCAUUCCGAUGAAUUGGCGGAGUUUGGUGGUGGAGAUUUUUCUGAUUUCUGGGAUUUAGCAGCUUCUGGUGGUGAACAUGGUGAAACUAGCAAAAACCAAUACGGGUUUUGAAUCAUAGGAGUUUUGAAACUGAUAAAAAUGAUUAUUAUUAUUAUUAUCCAAUAAUUUAAUUUAAAUCUGCAUAUUUUGCAGUUUACUUAUAUUUAUUACUGAAAGCACAUGCUUUUUUUUGUUGCAUGUUUCUUCACAAAUUGAAAUAAUUUUUAUUUGGGGAGGUGAUUUGUUUAUAAAUAAGUUUAUUGGGUUAACAAUGAUUUUUUUAUUUUUUUUGUUGUGUGAAUAUAAUCUUACUGUUUUGUUGUUCUUUUUCCAGGUUUGCUCAUGAAGAUGCAGUCUAGGGUUUGUGGAGGGAAAAACUUCUUGAACAAAUUGCACAAUAGUUCAAUAGUUCAAGAACAAUAUUUUUCCAACAAACAAUCACAAUAUUUAAACACGUGGAGGUUUGAUUCACUAAAAACAAUAAAUUGAAAUGUAGAUUUGAAAUUGUGUGUACAAUAUUUGCAAUCUUGAUAUCUUGAACUCAGAGGAGAAUAUGGAU